GUACACCGCGGUUCAGGUUAAUAGAACUCCCUCACUUGCAGUCGGAUUGCCCACAUGUAAACCUGGUUUUAACGUCUAUGAUGUAAACAGAACACAGGGCCCCUCGUUUUGUUGUUGUUUUUGACAGUCAACAAGUCAGGCAUGCCUCUCGAAGGGGUAUAUGAGUUUUAAACAUUAGUAUCGUAGUAAAUUAUUUAGCAAUAUGUCUAUGGAAGAUCCGUUUUUCGUCGUCAAAGGGUAAGUAGCUAAGGCUCCAUCAGAUAACGUUAGCUUGUUUCUAUCUUGUUUGCCAUCAAGUCUGGCUUUAGCAAGGAUGGCUAACGCUAGCUUGGAACAAAGGGGAAUUGUUGUAGUUGGCUCUGUCGCUAGCAAGUUUAGCUAUCUGUUUAGUCAGUUAGCAAAUUGCGUACGUGUUUAACAGCUCAGCAGUCACAAUGGUGAGAGACAUGAAUAGCAAUUUGCAUUUUUGUGGCGCUUGUUGGUUAUUGUCAUGUAUAACUAACGUUUAACUUGCCCGUUAAACGUGUAACUCGCUGUCGCAGACUCACUGGGAGGUAACUUAGCUAGUUACAAUGUUUGAUGGUUAAUGUAAGAUCGACAGCUAUGGCAAAUAUUCUAAUUUACAUGUUUUUCUAUAUGGGUUGAUGUAAUGAUAUUGUAUGUGUGGUUAUAUUAAUAUGCCUCGGUGACUAACGGCAUGUCAACUUCAAUGUCUAGCCCGCCUUGAUCAUGAUUCUCAGUUCCAAUACAUUACACAUAGCUAGCUAAGUCAUUGGACAAAAGCCUUUAGUUCUGUAGGGGGUAUUUUGUUAAGAGCCACGACUCUUGGUCUUAACAUUAAAACAGAUCGCUUGCGGUACGGGUUUGGCAGCAUAAGGACCUUAUCUUUCAUAUCGGCGAGAAAUAAUAAAAUAAAAUAAAAAAUUAAAUUGAUACACACCUUCCUAAGAUUAGUUCCCACAUGGCCAUAUCUCCACCUGUUUACGGAAGACAGAUGACUACCUGUGUGCUAAAUAGCUAUCUGCGUCUCCAAACACCUGUGUGUAAAUGGAAGAUAGACGCCACAAACAUUGUCACUGAAAAAUACUGUCAGCUGCAACUGUGUUAAAACAGUGUAUAGUAAGUGUAUAUUUUGCAUUUGUGAUAUUAAAGUAAAUGGCUUUAUGUUUCUAGAACCAAACCGCAAUUGAGAAUCGAUUCACGUUUAGAUUGGUGUAUUUGGCUAUUUUGUCUGCCCAAGAAAAUGUGCUUCUAAACAGACCAUGUACGGUCCUUGGACUAUAAGGAGUAACGUUAGACUCCUUUAGUCCAUUAUUGGGCUACCUCUUAGCUAUACACAGUAUUGCAUUUCUAUGUGCUAUAGGUAGCUCGAUACUGUAGAUGCACUUUAAUAUAGACUAUCCUAUUCAACAAAUCUCCAGUGAGGUCCAGAAGGCCGUGAACACCGCUCAAGGGCUGUACCAGAGAUGGAGCGAGCUGCUGCAGGAUCCCAGUGGUGCUUCCAAGGAGGAGGUGGAUUGGACCACCAAUGAGUUGAGAAACAGUCUGCGGUCCAUCGACUGGGACCUGGAGGAUCUUGAUGAGACCAUCAAUAUCCUUUCAACAUAAAAUGACUCUUAGUUUAACUUGCAUAUAUACUGGUUUAUCAAAACAUUGUGAACCAUGCUUAAUCUGUGAAUAGAAUACAGUACUUUAAAGAGUACAGCAUCCUGCAAGUGUAGUAGACUUCAAUCUUCAUAGAGAGUAAAAUGAUUUGAUUAUUUAUCAUGUCUUUGUUGAAUAGGCUAUUCCUUAACAGUAAAUGAAAGUAUUGUUGAAUCAAACCCUAAGAAGUUCAAUCUGGACGCAGUGGAGCUGUCCAAACGGAAAGGCUUCAUCACAAGCACCAGACAAACUGUUAAGGUGAGUCAGGCCUAAGGCACACAGUCCUGGAAGGAUUCCAGUUUAACUUGGAGUAGCCAUCACACACAAAUAUAGUUGGAAACAGCAGUAACCCUAACAAAAAGAAUAGGGUUGCUGCACCUUCAGUGUUAGGACCCUUAAUAAUUAGAGAUGUUGUGUUUUCUUUAUAGCCAUGAUCAGCCAAUGUGGAUAUGGUGGCUGAUGCAUGGUGCAUGCCUUUAUUAUUAGGUCUUAUUGAACAUACUGUGUUUUAUCUCACUGCUGUGUUUUUCUGUUUUUGAUUUCAGGAAAUGAAAGACCACAUGUCCAGUCCAACGGCCUUAGCCAUGUCAGACAAGAAAAUCAGACAGGUGUGUAGCUCUAUGUAACUAUUGGGCUGAGAUCUUACUGAAGCAAUUUUUUACAGUUUGCAACUUUGCAUGAAAUUAUGCAGUAUGACGGAAUGCACUUCUCAAACGUGUAGCACAUUUUAAAGCAGAAGGUUGCGUACUGCUUUAUCUGAUCGUUGACACUGCAAACAUCCGUAGUUAGCAUUUGUCAGAGAGUAAGUGCAAUUCGUAUUGGCAGGAUGUCCACAUACUUCAGCAGAUCUCCUAUGUAAUCAUUGCUUCUCCCCCAGGCUCUGUUAGGGGACAGUGGAUCUCAAGGCCCAAUCUGGCAACCAGGACCCGACAAAUACACCCGCCUGGACCAAGAGCUACGGACGGCCAACUCCCAGUUCAUUGAGGAGCAGCAAACCCAGCAGCAGGUAUAGCUAAUAAAAAUGUCUCUCAUGCUUAUGUACACCUAUGUUGAUUGCUGUACUUACUAGGUGCUGGAUUUUACAUUCGUUUGACUAUGAAUCAUUUUAUUGAUCUUUUUACUCUGUAUCAUUUGCAACAUACUUUGUGUGAAAUUAAUAACGUGACAUAAGUCAGCGACGUUGACCUGUGUGGGUGUGUGUGUGCGUGCGUGUGUGUCAGCUCAUGGCAGAGCAGCAGGAAGACCAGCUGGAGCUGGUGUCUGGGACCAUCGGGGUGCUGAAGAACAUGUCUGAGAGGAUUGGCAUGGAGUUGGACGAACAGACAGUGUACGUAAACAUCCACUGAUACACAACCACAGCAACAUUAAUCAAUAACAUGAGGAUUAGGGUUUCAGGUCUGCACAGAUCAUCAGGUGCCGUAUGUAUCAAGCGUCUCAGACUAGGAGUGCUGAUUUUAGGAUCAGUUUUGACUUGUAGAUGAUAAUGAAUAAGAUUAUAUAGACAGGGGUACCUGAUCCUAGAUCCGCAUUCCUACUCUGAGACGCUUUGUCAAUACAAUAUACAUCUUUCAUGGUAUCUACAAUGCAGCGUGUCUUCUCUGUUGUAGUAUGCUGGAUGACUUCUCCCAUGAGAUGGAAGGUACCCACUCCAGACUUGACAACGUCAUGAAGAAGCUGGCCAAGGUCUCCAACAUGACCACCGGUAAGUAAUGCAGCAUAGUCUCUUCAUUCACCACCAUUCUACCUAGGUUAAAAAUACACUUCAAAAUUCAGGCAUCAUCUCCACUACUGCAAGUUAUCAAAGUCUGCAACUUUUGGAGAUGUGAGUUAGAGGUUACUUAAGUGGCGGUAUAGUAUUAUUGUGGAUGUCUUUUGAUGUUCCCUAAUAUGCCAGGCCACUUAUGUAUGGGUGCUCAUUAAAGAUGAUAAAUGCUUGACUUGAGAGAGAAGGUCCAGUCAUUAACUUCCUGUUUAAGGGAACGUCUGUGCAAGACAACUUGGAGUCAGCAAGGAUCAGCGGCUGAACAAAAAGUGGUGGCACCUCCUUAUAAGGAAACCCUCUCAGGAAGCUUCCAACAAGAAGAACUCAGGAGACAGGGAGUCAAAUGAAAUCGGGUCCUUUUUUAUGUCAGGAUAUCCUGUCAGUACUUUUCCCUGGCCCCUAGACCAACCAGUGUUUCAUAACUCCGGUCCUCAAGUACCCCCAACAGCACACAUUUAUGUUGUGGCUCCGGACAAAUAAUAGUCUAAUAAAAAGCAUGAGCUGGCACACACCCAGAAAACAUCACUUAGUGUAGAGGUGCUGACUAACGGAGAAUAAACUGUAAGCUAUAAAAACAAAUGGAGUUGCACACUAUGUAUAAACUCCCAGUAAUUUAUUGUUUUUUUACCCAAUAAAUUACUGGGAGUUUAUACAUAGUGUGCGACUCUCUUUAUUACAUUUUUUUUGGCUCCGGACAAAAACAGCUGAUUAAACUUCUCAAGGGCUUGAUGAUUAGUUGACAAGUAGAAUCAUGUGUGCUUUUCCGGGCCACAACAAAAAUAUGUACUGUUGAGGGUACUCGAGGACAUGGAGUUGGGAAACAAUGCCCUAGACAAUGCGCUUAGGGUUUUAUAUUUGUACUUUAUUGUAUUAUUUUCCCCCUACUUUUUGCUACUCUUCUUUGCAACGUGCCACUCAAGUUGCAACUUUGAAGAUGAAUAUUUCAGGUCGAAAGACAUGGUAUUCUCCAUAGAACAUGAAUUCCUAGUAGUUGGACCUCUCAUGCCUGAACAUGUCUGAAAGCAACAACAAAAAAAGGUAAAUGGCUCCUCUCGUUGUUUGAUACAGUUCACCCUCUUCAUAAUUUUCUCCUCGCUCUGUUUUUCUCUCUUCCUUUCUCUUGCAGACCGGCGACAGUGGUGUGCUAUUGGUAUUCUACUGGCCAUUCUGUUUGUGGUCUUCAUUCUCUUCUUUAUCCUGUGA